UCUCGUUCCAUCUUCUCCCACUACCAGCCACUGGGCUUCUUCUCACUACCAUAAUUUGGUAGUGAGUGUAAACGCCAAGCGGAUUGCUUCACAUCUGGUGAAAUAUGUCUCAUUGUUCUAACUGUGCCUCAAGCGUUUGCAGCACUGAGGGUUAGUUAUACAAAUAUUUGACUGGGUAUAAUAAGGUUUGCAGCGGCACACCCUCCACCAAAUCUUUUUUUUGUUUAUUGCACAUUUCUAUGUCAUCAUUUAACUUUAGCACAGUGUUUUCGUUUCGACGGACCUGACUGUAGAAGAACGAAGGCGUUUAGUGUCGGUUACAAAAUUGAAAGAUUAUUCAGUGUAUGCCAAAGAUGGUCAGACCUUACUCCGGACCUCCUCGGUUCAAACCCAGGCCUUACUCUGAUGGCUACAACAUGCCACAUGAAGAGAAUUACAGCCCCCACCCCAGGAGUCAGAGAGGAUUCCGGGGCCACUCAGGAAAGGUCCCUCCAAGCUGGAGAGGCAGAGGACGUGCUCACUUUGUCAAAAGGCCCCCACUGAUGGGAGAACAGAGGCCCCCACUGAUGGGAGAACGGAGGGAGCGACCUUUCAAUCAGUGGAGGUCCCAAAACCAGGAUUCCUUCAACACAUGUCCCCCUCAAUCGGAGCCCCAUCAUGGCCACAGGAGGGCACCCCCAUCCAGGCCAAACGGUCCUCCCCAAGCCCAGCAUAGGUCCUCCCCACACAGUCCUGCACAAUGGCACCAGGGCCAGAGGGGAGCACCUAUCCAUGGACAACACCCAGGUCACAGAUCACCCUCACCACACCAUUACCAUAGCCAACCCCCUGACAGGAGGCCACCACCCUCACAGUCCCCCCACAGUUCCUUCAGGGGCCCUCACAACCGCCCAAGUCCGUCCCACGAAGAGGACAGGAGCUGGGGUGCCCGGCUGCCUUAUAGUCCCAGGGAGAGGCAGUUUGAGCGCCCAGGUCGUGGGGGGAUGCGCUGGAAUGGGCCAGGGCCCAUUCCCCGACCACACAAUGGUGAACGUGGGCCCUCUGGCUCCCCCCAGAGAAAGCCACGGGAGUUUCAUGGCAGAGGUCCUUAUCCAGAGAGGUGGUCUGCUGAGCGAGAUCCCAGGCAGCAGCAUGGAGUGGUGGGAAGGGAGAGGGAGGGCAGCGGACGCCGCAGUGCUGAGUGGGCACAGGAAGGCAGCCCUCACCACCCUCCCCACAGAUCCCCCACAUGGAAAGGAAGUUGGUCGUCGUCCUCGUCCUCUUUCCACGAGAACAGCCCCCAGGCAAGGCCAAGUGGACCACCACACAAGCGGAAGUUCCAGGAGCGCGGGAUCCCUCCUGCAGGCCCUGAUGUGGAGCAUGGUCACCCAAAGCGCCCUCGCAGAGAGAUUCCACAUUACUUCAACGCCCCUAGGGGAUUUGGCGGCCGUCCCUUGUCAUUCAGGGACAAGAGUCGUUUGCUGAAGGGGCGUAAAAUGAGAGCGGAGUCGGUGAUGAGGCUCAAAGCACCUCCACCUCAGCCCCAAGGAGCAGAGAUCCAUGAAGAGGAAGUGCCUCAUACGUCCAGGGGAAAUGCGCCAUCCAAGUUUGCUCUUCGGAGGGAGCGUUUCCAAGCAAACGCUGGCCCACUGAGGAAGAGGCCGAUGCCCCAUCAAUCACCUCCCAACCCAGAAGCCAAUUCAACCAAGUCUUCCAGGGACUCAGAGUCACAGAAGGAACAAGUGGAGUCUCAGCGAGCCUUGAGCACACACAGCCCUUCCUCUAUAGACAAACGGCUGGCUCGUGACCUAGUCGUUGUGUCCCAGUGGCAGGCACCUGGGACUAACUCAAGCUCAAAGGACAGCCCCCCAAGGGAUAGAAGUAGGACACCAAAAAACAAAACUGAGCGGUAUUACAAUUCAGAUGAACAACUUACACUGAAUGAACGCUUCUCUAAAAUUCAUGACUCCAGUCCUUCCCCUUCACCAAGAGACCGGCGAUAUGCGGAAAGGCCAACGAACGUGCCACAGGAGAACCACAGACCAGAAAGACCCUUCAGGAAACCAGGACCACAGAGAUCGAGCUUCCGUCCCACUCGCCCAAAUCGCAAACCAGGUCCUCCUCCCCAGAGAAGACCAGGCCCUGAACCGCCUGGUCCCUUUAGGAAGCCACUCAUGGGAGGCUUUGUACCACGUCCUUUCUCUCAAAGGCCUGUGUUCAGGAAGAGCCAGAGCGUCCUGUCCAAAUACCGUAACAUGCCGACGAUGCGUCAACAUGUACCCCCCAACAGAGGGUCUAAUUAUCGUCGCUGGUGAUCAAACUAGAGGGACCAAGGGCACAGUUCAGGGUUACACACCCUUUCCCCCUUGGCCUUGGGUUGCAUCUUUGUCCUGGAGAUGGUCCCCCAAUGGAACUCUCCCUGUCGUCAGAGUACAUCAGAAAAUGACAGAUGCACUGUUUAUUUUUUAUUUUUUGACUGUUUGCAUAAGAUGUGUUUAAAUAUACAGAAUAGGCUAUCAGUUUCUAGUCUUCCAGACUAGUUAUUAUGGACACUGUUUUUUGAUUUCACAACCAUGUUACACCUCUCAUAUGAUGUAAAUUAUGAAGAUUUUACCUUUUUAUAGUUACCAGUACCACUUUUUUGUUUUCCCCCAGUGCUUAGAGAAACAAACUUUUUGCUGUAAAGUAGAAGCAGUCUUCAAGACGAUUCCCCAAGGGCUGUUAAAUAUGAUGCUCAGUCUAAUUCUCAACCUGUAAAAACUACUGAUGCCAUCUUCAUGUCCUGCUCAUUUCAUCCUAUGUACAUUGUUUUGUUUAAGAUAUUGCAAAUAAAUGGCUCAACAUGC